AUGAUUUCCUCAUCGCAACAUAGCAACACUACGAGAAAUGCAUUCGUCACCCUCUUGACAUCCGACCACUACCUGCCAGGUGCUCUUGUUCUGGCAGAGUCGUUGCGUCUCAGCCAUGGUAUCUCCAACAAGGGCAAGCACAGAGCUGGCGCCCCGCCUUCCUCUGCCGCCGACUUCCAGAUGGUCGCCCUCAUCACACCGGAAACUCUCUCCGUACAAUCCAUCAAGGCGAUGCGGCGCAGUGGCCUAUUCGACUGGAUCGUGGGCGUAGAGCCUAUCGGUUUUCGUCAGAUGCUUGCUUCCUCGUCACCGACGAGCGCUUCCACACUCACCGCAACCGACAAUGCCCAUCCCAGCUUCCCCGCCAUGAUCGACUCGGAUCUCAACGCAAAGAUCGUCGAGAUGGAACGCAACCUCAAUUUGCUGGGUCGGCCCGAUCUCACCAACACUCUUACCAAGCUACAUGCGUGGAGGCUAGGCCGCGAUUCGGCGCACCUGGUCGCUCACGGCGCCACUGCUAACGGCAGUGCUCCUCAGCGAUGGCAAGGGUUCGACAAGGUCGUCUUUCUGGAUGCCGACACUCUGGUGCUCCGGCCCAUCGAUCACCUCUUCCGCCUAGGAACCAACGUCAACUUUGCAGCAGCUCCAGAUACGGGCUGGCCGGAUGCCUUCAAUAGCGGUGUCAUGAUGGUCGUCCCGUCGAGUCGCACCUUCGAGGCGAUCCGAUCCUUUGCUCGCACUACGGGCUCCUGGGACGGCGCAGAUCAAGGACUGCUCAACGACUUUUACGGUCCGGAAGACGGCUCCGACCAGUUCUCCGCUAACUCGCAAGGUGCUGCUUCGUCUCCCGGUGGCGGCUGGAAGAGGCUCAGCUUCCGCUACAAUGUCACGAGUCAUGGAGGCUACACCUUUGCACCAGCCUACCAGCGAUACGGUCAAACGAUCAAUAUUGUUCACUUUAUUGGCCAGCACAAGCCUUGGAAUCGACCACGCCCAGCGGGUACACCGGAACCCAAUCCGCUCGUUGGCCCACGCGAUCUCGACAGCCAGCGGAUCACGCCGGACCAGCCCGACUACCUGCUCGCACUCUGGCACACUGCAUUCGCCUCCCUCUAUCCAUCUUCGGGCUCCGCUUCACCGGACAGCGAGAUCGAGAUCGUUCACACCGAACGCGGCGUCGAAGUCGUCGAGCGUCGCAAGUUCACCGUGCCCACCUUCCAAGCUGUCUGGGAUGCUGAAGCGCGCGACGACACCUCAAUCACCCAGGCAGCCAGGACAUCAUCCACGCUUGCAUCCACAAGGCCACCCGUCAUGGAGGCAGCAUAUGCGAGUCUUCCCCUGGACGGCAGAACUUCGUUGAUCGCGCCAGCGCCAGAGGUUGAGCGGUCCCGAUCACCUCAAACGCCGACGCAGCAAAGCAUCGAUGCCGAGGCGAUGGCGAAAAAAGACUCUGCCACGACUUCCGCACCUGUUGCGAUUCCCGUGCGCGCACAAGACGACAAGGAAGAUGACGACGACGACUCGCCUCAGCACUUUUCGCCGCCAAAAUUGUCCUGGAACCCUGCCCAAGAGCCUCCUCCGAGCGGAUCGGAUGCCUCUCUGUACCAGAUGCGGGUCCCCAUCGAAGCCUUCUAUUCUAAUGUAUGGGACGCAGGUCAAAGGACACCGCGCACUCUGGCCGAACAGAAGGCAGCCUUCUUCGUGCCCCAGGUCGCUGCGUCUCAACAGGCCGGCGCGCGUGGCCACGGUGGUCCUGGCUACAUCCCGGCGCAGCUCCGACGCGAUCGUGUUUUUGACAAUCUCGGGUCGGCAAAACCGGAUCCUAGCAAAGUCAAACCCAUCUUCCCGUGGGAAGCCAAACAUUCCGCUACCACUGCACCGACACGUGUGUUCCCGGACGAGCCUCGUCGUCCCUCGCCGCCGCCGCCUUCUGCCGACAAGGUGCCCGUACGCGAAAGUACGCGAGACGACUCCGUCCUUGCAUCAGCUCUCCCUCAAUCCACGGCGCCAGCGCAGCGAUCGCGAGGUUUGCCUGCUAACCUCGCGUACGUGAAUGCGUGGGACGAGGCUGGCGCCAUUGGCAACUUUGCGAAUGCUUGGAACAGACGCAAUCAACCCCGGUCUUCUCCUGAAAAGCGCAGGUCACGAAUGGGAGAAGCAGGCCACAAUACUGGCUUCACUUCAAGUCCUUCGAGCCACCCGCGAUCAAGAGACGGGCAAAGGAAUGAGGGCGGCAAAGCUAGCUCACCUGAUCUGCGCGGUGCUACGUCAUCAAUGCGCCCAGCACCUGCAGAGGCGAUGGAACGCAGAUCGAGCCUGCAAGAAGGUGACGGGACGCGCGAUGGCGAAGCGUCCGACAGCAGGGAUGGCGACGACGAGUCUUCCGAGGGCGAGGAAUCGUCCGCGAACGAGGAACCGUCGCAAGUCGUUGCUGACCGGGGUGCAACUCCCUCGCCGACCAACGCACGCCAGGCAGGGUGGCCUCGCGAGGGACCGGGCCGGGGCUACAUGAGGAAAGCAGAGAACUCGAUGCACGCACAGAUGAACGCCACGCCUCGAAGUCCCAGACUGGGCUCCCGCGUGCUGUCGUACACCUCGACUGCAACUGAAGGCGAAGGGAGAAGUGGCGGAGGACGAUUUUCGUCGUCCAGCAGCGCGUCUGCUUCGACCAUCACGACGAGCGACGUUGCAGCAGCUGCGAGGCAGAGAGCCAAGGACAGGAUCAGACCGGAUGGAUGGGUCUCGACUGGCUCAGCUGGUUCGGGGAUGAGUUCGCCUCCUCCAGGCUACCACUCCGCCUCCACGCUGCGAGGGAUCCCAGGGGCGAAUUCGGUCGGCACAUCUCGAACCGGGUAUGCUCCAAGUCACUACCAGGGCAUGACUGGGAGGAGACGCGAGACAAAUUCCUCCAACGAAUCUCAAUCGGGAGAGUCGGGCGCCAACUCCCCCACGGCGCUUCUCAGCCCUUCUCUCGUCUCGGCGAGCGGGAGCAUGCCGUUUCUGACGAACAACUCCGCGCGCUCUUUUGGCAACGCCAUGGCGGCGAGGACGAGGUUGCCGGCUCCAUCCGAGUUGGACGAACCGUUCAGUUCGAGCCCGGUGAAUCUGAGGACGGAGCUUUCGAGGCAGGCGAGGACUCAUCAGCAGGCCAAGUAUGCCAGCGCCAGUCGCGGUCAUCGCCCCUCGUGA